UUAACGGGAGAACGGCUAGACUACUAGUGCACGAGGAUACAUUAAGCAAGAAAACGCAUGGACAUAUCUGCUGAUAAGUUGUCAAAGAGUCCAAGCAAUGGCCCGGACUAACAUUUGAAUUGGUUAAGGUAACCAGUGCUGGCUGAAACCUGCCCCAGCACUAGACCUCUUCUGAUUUGAGUGAAGGGGACCAGAGUGUCUUCUCCUUCUGUGGGACCCCCUCAGUGGACAGAACCUCCCCCUUACCCCCAUUCCUCCGCAGGCCACCAUGGGUGAAGUAGUCAUUGUGAAGGAGGGAUGGCUUCACAAACGAGGAGAGUACAUAAAGACCUGGAGACCCAGGUAUUUCUUGCUGAAGAGCGACGGUACGUUCAUCGGGUACAAGGAGCGACCGCAAGACAUCGACCAACUGGAGACGCCACUCAAUAACUUCUCAGUAGCACCAGAAUGUCAGCUGAUGAAAACAGAGCGUCCCAAGCCCAACACAUUCAUCAUCCGCUGCCUGCAGUGGACCACUGUCAUAGAGCGCACCUUCCACGUGGAGAGCCCAGAGGAGAGGGAGCAGUGGACGAAGGCCAUCCAGGAGGUGUCUGAUGGGCUGCAGAAACAGGAAGAGGAGAGGAUGGACUCCUCGCCAGACCCCAUGGACAUGGAGAUGUACCUCACCAAACCCAAACUUAAAGUGACUAUGCACGACUUUGAAUACCUCAAGCUCUUGGGAAAAGGCACUUUUGGGAAGGUUAUCCUGGUGAAGGAAAAAGCCACAGGAAAAUACUACGCUAUGAAAAUCCUCAAGAAAGAAGUGAUUGUGGCGAAAGAUGAAGUAGCACACACGCUCACUGAAAACAGAGUACUGCAGAAAGCCAAACACCCCUUCUUAACGGGUCUGAAGUACUCCUUCCAGACGCCUGACCGCUUGUGUUUCGUCAUGGAGUAUGCCAACGGAGGAGAGCUGUUCUUCCACCUAUCACGAGACCGUGUGUUCUCCGAGGAGAGGGCCCGGUUCUACGGAGCGGAGAUCGUGUCGGCGCUGGACUACCUCCACUUGGAGAAGAACGUGGUUUACAGGGACCUGAAGCUGGAAAACCUGAUGCUGGACAAAGACGGCCACAUCAAGAUCACAGACUUUGGCCUGUGUAAGGAGGGCAUCAAGGAUGGGGCCACCAUGAAGACCUUCUGUGGGACGCCAGAGUACCUGGCCCCUGAGGUGCUGGAGGACAAUGACUAUGGUCGUGCUGUGGACUGGUGGGGUCUAGGUGUGGUCAUGUAUGAGAUGAUGUGCGGUCGGCUGCCGUUCUACAACCAGGACCAUGAGAAGCUAUUUGAGCUGAUCCUGAUGGAGGAGAUCCGCUUCCCUAGAACCCUGGGCCCUGAGGGAAAGUCCCUGCUCUCUGGCCUGCUCAAGAAGGACCCCAAGCAGAGGUUAGGUGGAGGGCCUGAUGAUGCCAAGGAGAUAAUGCAGCACAGGUUCUUCGCUGGGAUCGAGUGGGAAGACGUGUAUGAGAAGAAGCUGGUCCCGCCCUUCAAGCCCCAGGUCACCUCGGAAACGGACACCCGCUAUUUUGAUGUGGAGUUCACCGGGCAGACCAUCACCAUCACGCCUCCAGGACAAGAUGACAGCAUGGAGUCUUUCGACAGUGACAGGAGACCCCACUUCCCACAGUUCUCCUAUUCUGCCAGUGGGAUAGCCUGAACCUAAACCUAAGCCUAGACCCCCUCUACCCUCUCCUCACCUUCUUAUGGACCAUACCCCAAUCUCUGAACAGAACUCAUCCUCAUAGGCCAUCUAUGACCUCACUCAUGGUUAUCUUCUUUUUUGUCUGUUUGUUCUGUAAUUGUUGGGGCACAUCUCAAUUGUCUAGUGUGGCUUCUUAGCCUGUUUUCCUCUUCAGAUGAGUCCAGCGGAGGAGAGGAGACAAGGAGUGCAAGGCCACUUUAGACUAUUGAGAGUCUCCCUUGUUGUCACCAGUGUUUCAAAUACUGUACUUGUGUUGCUUAGAGGGGAGGAGUCUGUUGCCUGCCAAUAGCAACACACUUGGACUAGAGGUCAAAAGUCACUAAGAUACAGUGGUGACCGGCCAACCUAAUUCUUCAUGGCAACAUGAUUUCCUGUCAAUGAUACAAAUGCAGCUAGCCUCAAAAAAGAAGCACAGUUAUACACAAUCUCUGAAAAUGAGCUUUUUAAACGGUACACUAUCUAUUUCUACAAAUUAUUUGCUUUAUAUUUUAAUGCCGCAAAGGAAACAUCUUUAGAAAUAGUCCUCCUUCUACUAGCCACCACUGCCAUUGUGCUCUCAAAGACCCCCAGAUAUUCAGAGGUUUGCGAGAGGUAACACUAAAGCUCCACACCUGGGUGGUGUUCAGUAGGGCACCACGAAGAAAAACAUUUUGAAAUAGAAAAUUCCCGUAGCACAGGGAUGGGCAACUUUGGUGAGGGUAGGGGCCACAAAGAAUCUGAACUCAUCAUGAGGGGCCGCAGUGGGUCUGCUUACCCACACAUGCAGUCAGUCUGGCCCUAGCCUU